AUGAGGUUUCCAAUCCUCACGUCUUUGGCGGUUCUCGCAAGCGCUUGCCACGUGCAAGCCAAAGCGGUGUUUGCCCAUUUCAUGGUUGGAAACACUGGGAGAUAUUCUCUUGCCACCUGGCGUGACGACAUACGUCUCGCUCAAGAGGCCCACAUUGACGGAUUCGCCCUCAACAUUGCCUACGGCGAGCGCAUGAACGCUGCGUCGCUAGAGAACGUCUUUGAGGUGGCCAGCGACAUGGGCUUCAAGCUCAUCUUUUCCUUCGACUAUGCCGGCGGGGGCCCAUGGCCUAAGGAUGACGUUCUCAACCUCUUGAAGAAGUACGCCACCAGGCCUGAAUACUUCAAGCAUAGCGAUGGGACACCGCUCGUGUCCACUUUCGAAGGCCCCGAACAGGCUGCAGAUUGGGUCGACAUCAAGCGCUCCUUUCCCUGCUUCUUCAUGCCCGAUUGGUCCUCAAAGGGAGCGAAGAGAGCAGCGGAACUGGCGGGAGGAGUCGCCGAUGGUCUCUUUAACUGGGCUGCCUGGCCUUGGGGAAACACUAACAUGGAUACAUAUGUGGAUGCUUCAUAUUACCAAUAUUUGAGGGUGAAUGAGGAUACUAGUAAGCCAUACAUGAUGCCUGCGUCGCCCUGGUUCUACACUAAUCUCCCUGGCUAUAACAAAAAUUGGCUGUGGCGCGGAGACGACCUGUGGCACGACCGCUGGAUCCAAAUUGUCUAUAACCAGCCAGACUACGUUGAAAUCAUUUCCUGGAAUGACUACGGAGAAUCCCACCACAUCGGUCCUCUUCGUCCUAACGCCAUGGAAGCCUUCGUCACAGGCAGAGCCCCUUUCAAUUUUGCGAGAGACAUGCCCCACGAUGGUUGGAGGAUGACACUCCCCUUCUGGAUCGAUUACUACAAGAACGGCAAAGCUACGGUGACCCAGGAGGGCAUUAUGGGAUGGUUCAGAACGACCCCUGCGGCCAUGUGCGGCGAUGGCGAAACGUCCGGUAAUACUGCCAGCCAGUUGCAGCUGGAGUUCUCGCCAGCCGAAGUCAUGCAAGACAGGAUCUUCUUUUCGGCUGUGCUCGGCUCGCAUGCAGACGUUACUGUCAACGUCGGGGGGACCUCCCAGGCUGGAACUUGGACGUCCGUCCCGGACGGGGGCAUCGGCGUCUACCACGGAAGCAUGCCAUUCCAGGGCAGGGGUUCGGUAUCCAUCUCUCUUCAUAGAGGCGGUGCGAACAUCGCCACUAUCGACGGUGGUUCCAUUACAGACAGCUGCGCAGAACGCGGUCUCACCAACUGGAACGCGUGGGUUGGGAGUGCGAUGGCUGCAGGCUCCAUCUCCGCCACGCCGGCACUAUCGCGCGACGAGCAGAAAUGCAUCAAAGGCACUGGCGCGACUGGUUUCACCAAGCUCUGCGAAUUUACCUGCAAGUACGGGUACUGCCCCGUCUCAGCAUGUCAGUGUCUCGCCAUCGGCGCCCCAAUCUCUGAACCUCCUACCACAGGCCCGGCAGGUUUCCCAGCUGCGGGUAAGAGUGAGAGCUACACGGGUCUCUGCGGGUGGUCAUGCCCUCGUGGCUUUUGCCCCACGGAAUCUUGCAGCACAAGCAAGCAACCUAUUAAGAAUCCUACUGUCUCCGAGUUCCUCCCUCCUGCAUGUACCGGGGGAGGUUCGGACAAUGGCCUCAAGGGAUUGUGCCAAUACGCUUGUAACUUUGGGUUCUGUCCCCGGGGCGUCUGCACAUGUUCCAACAAGGGCGGGCUGAACGAACCACCGCCGAUGAAGGAUACGACAGGCGACCCCGUGAAUGAGGUCAAGGACUUUGGGCUGUGCCAGUUUGCUUGCUCGCGCGGGUACUGUCCCUCAGACGCAUGCCGUCUCGACUAUCCUAUAGACGAAGGAGACAGGUGCGAUGUCAGAGACAACACGUGGCUUGAACGGACGAUGCCUGACGUUCAGCAUGCUAUGUACCCGAUGCCGACUUCGACCAUCCACUACAUUACAAUCGUCAAUCUCACGCCGUACACCUUCCGCUAUUUGAAGGAUCGCUCCAACUACUACCAGGUAGCUGCUGACUUUGAUGAUAUCCCACCGGGACAGUCUCGUCAGAACAAGGCCCGCUGGGCAGCCUCAGGUACGAGCAGAGCUGACGACAACGGUGAGGCGUACUUUGAGGUUAAGGGCACAAACCAUGAGUUCCGCAUCAGGUGCACGACACAUUAUCCCUCUGACAGGCCAAUACGGUUCGUGGUUGACCUGGACGGCUGGGGACUAGGCGUCAAGGAGUACGAGGUUCCAGAAACUGAAGUAUCCAUCACGUUCGUGAUUACAGGAAGCGAGAACUACGGGUACCAUCAUUCACUCACACUGGAUAGCUCACCAGUGGCUUGGAUGGAUUCCAUCAAGGAACACAUCAAGGGAAGGCUUGUGAAGCACGUCAUCAUGCCCGGGGCCCAUGAUGCUGGAAUGAGUGUCAUUGGAAAGUACCAAUGGGGCGGCACCUCCAUGGAUACCCAGACCCAAGCCUACGGCAUCGCGGAGCAACUGGCGCUUGGUGCCCGCUAUUUUGAUCUUCGGCCAGCUAUCGCGGAUGGCGAAUUUCACAUCUUCCAUGUGACCGAUCCGAGAGCGACUGUGAUACUAGGAGCCUCAGGGGUUACGCUGCAAAAUGUUAUUGACGACAUCAACGAUUUCUACCUCAGCCAUCCUGGUGAGGUCGUCUUCCUGUGGAUGCGAGACAUGGUCUCCUUCCGGGGCGGCCUGUUCGGUGGUGGCCAUCCCUUCGACGGGGAUGAAAUGGCCCAGUUCUUCGACAAGCUGCGCCGAAUCCAAAACCGCUGCCGCGGCCUGACCGAAGCAACCAGGCUGCAUGAACGGGUCAUGGGCGAGCUCAUGGAGCAGAACGGCGGAACUGGCUGUGUGGCCAUUAUCCUCGACCAGUUUGGCGUCGACCCGAGGAUCCCGCAAGACGACCCGACUUCGGGCAUCUUCCUCGCAGGAAAGCACAUGGACCGCACCGACCGAUGGGAAGAGAAUGUGGGCAUCACGCCCGCCCAACUGCUCCACUACCAGGUCGCAGGCUUCUACGACCCAGUGCGCAGGCGCCUCGAGCCGUCGAAAGGAGGUGACUUCUUCGUAUCGCAGUGGGUUUUGAAUGCUAGACACGAGGAUGCGGUGUUCUGGGGGCUCGAAAACCUGGCAAACUACCUCACCACGCCGAUGCUUUACUACGGCGGCGUGGCGGAGAUGACCCCGGAGAUGUUUCCGACCGUGAUGCUGAUGGACUACAUCGGAGUGCGCGUUUCGGGAGACACCACGGCGAAUAAUCGAGCGGCUGAGUUGCGGACGUUGGCGCUGGGGUUGAAUCUGUACAUGGUCAGCGAGAAUUGCUACGUCAGCAAGCGGCGGAAUCCUUUGGUCAAGGAGUCGGGCAAGAGGCUGGCGGCGCCGUGGAAUGGGAUCAUCUUUGCGAACGGGACUCGGAUUGAUAACCCGCCCCCGAACUUUGAUCCUUGGCGCGUGGAUGUCUUGAGAAUCCAAGAGGACGAGUAUAUCGCUUUCCUAAAGCCGUAUUUCAAUUAG